GGCUGGGGCCGGUGACGCUGGGGCCAAGCGGCGGGAGCGUGAGGGAGCCGUGUGGAGGCCUCUGCGAGCUCGCCGAGUCGGCGCCAUGAGCAAGGCUCACCCUCCCGAGCUGAAAAAUCGUGUAAUAUGUACCCCCUUUUGCUUUUUCAGAUUUAUGGACAAGAAAUUAUCAUUGAAAUUAAAUGGUGGCAGACAUGUCCAAGGAAUAUUGCGAGGGUUCGAUCCGUUCAUGAAUCUUGUGAUAGAUGAAUGUGUGGAGAUGGCAACUAGCGGGCAACAGAACAAUAUUGGAAUGGUGGUAAUACGAGGAAAUAGCAUCAUCAUGUUAGAAGCCUUGGAACGAGUAUAAACAAUGGACGUGUUCAUCAGAAGAAGAAAACUCCUUCCACGUGUCCCCUGUCCAUAGUACCUGUUUUACUACAAUAUAAAAAUCAAAAAAAAAAAAAAAUCAGGUCACCCGCAUUUUCAUAUUGAACUUUUUUGUUAAAUAAACUUUUAUAAUAGUCAAAAUUGCUUUCUCAGACA